AGAAGACUGCGAAUGCUCUGUCUCAGUACUUCUUCAUGACAGACGGGGAGGGGGAAGCAGAGAACUGUAAGCUCAGUAUCCAUCUUAAAGAGAAAAUAGGAAAGAGAAAUCGCGUCCAAGGGUUAUCCCUCAAAAACGGUAUCUUUUCCUCGUGAUCCGUGCUUGGGAGCCCCAGGAGGGGGCUGUGUCAUCGUCUGUAGGAUGUCCCGACAUGAGGGUGUGAGCUGUGACGCGUGUUUAAAAGGGAACUUCAGAGGGCGCCGGUACAAGUGUUUAAUUUGCUACGACUACGACCUGUGCGCGUCGUGCUACGAGAGCGGCGCCACCACAACGAGACACACGACAGAACACGCCAUGCAGUGUAUAUUAACCAGGGUAGAUUUUGACCUGUAUUACGGCGGUGAGGCGUUCUCAGUAGAGCAGCCCCAGAGCUUUUCUUGUCCUUACUGUGGUAAAAUGGGAUACACAGAGACAUCCCUACAGGAGCAUGUCGCCUCAGAGCAUACAGAGACCUCCACAGAGGUGAUCUGUCCAAUAUGUGCCGCGUUGCCGGGCGGGGACCCCAAUCAUGUGACCGACGACUUUGCUGCUCAUCUCACACUUGAACACAGAGCACCGAGAGAUUUAGAUGAGUCCAGCGGCGUCCGGCACGUGCGUCGGAUGUUCCACCCCGGCCGCGGGCUGGGCGGUCCAAGGGCACGCAGGACCAACAUGCACUUUACUAGCAGCUCCACCGGGGGGCUCUCCUCCUCACAGAGCUCCUCGUACUCACCCAGUAACAGGGAAGCCAUGGACCCCAUAGCAGAGCUGUUGUCUCAGCUGUCGGGCGUGCGGCGUUCGGCGGGCGGCCAGCUCAACUCGUCGGGUCCAUCCGCAUCUCAGCUGCAGCAGUUACAGAUGCAGCUGCAGCUGGAGCGCCAGCAGGCCCAGGCGGCCCGGCAACAGCUGGAGACGGCCAGGAACACCACGCGACGCUCCAACCCCGGCGGCAACAUCAGCGCCACUAUCCCCCCGCCCAGCGCCGUCGCCAACUCGGCUGGCGUGGCCGAGAGCAACCCCAUGGCCUCCCACAGCUCCCAGUUCCUGCUCACACGGUUAAACGAGCCCAAGAUGUCGGAGGCGGAGCGGCAGGCGCUGGAGGGCGAGCGCGCCGACCGCAGCCUGUUUGUUCAGGAGCUGCUGCUGAGCACGCUGAUGCGCGAGGAGAGCUCUUCCUCGGACGAGGACGAGCGGCGAGAUUUCGCCAGCUUUGGGGCAAUGGGCUGCGUGGAUAUCAUGCCUUUAGACGUGGCCCUGGAGAAUCUCAACCUCAAGGAGAGCGGUACAGGCAGUUACGGCAGCAGCUCGAGGAGCUCUAAGGAGCCUCCACCGCCUCCUCUUUGAUGAUAUCCCAGCACCACGCAGACUUUGUCCUCUGUGCUGCCACUGCCAGUGAUGGGCGGGCGGGCAGCAGGCUGUAUUUUGGUUUGUUUUUUGGUGAUUGUAAUUUCAGGUCUGUCACCUUUGUUACAUUGUGUACAACCAUAAAUAAGGAGAGCGGGAGCGAUUGGGGAAAGUGCAAGUGGAUGAGUGCGCAGCGCCGAGCGAGCGAUGGAGAGAAAAUAAAUAUAUAAAUAUAUAUAAAAAGUUGAUAAUCACAAUUUUUCUUUAGCAGGUCAGCAUUAGGUAGCCGUGGCAGACCUCUGCUUCCUGUUCUCAUGCAAAAGGCUCCUUAUAAAUACUCCACAUUCAAAAACGGAAGAGGAAUCAGACACCCUCUGAUGAAGCUGCUGUGUGUAUUUAUGACUUAACUAAUAAAGUGCUUGAAUGGUUUACCAUAACUACUGCAUGAGGUUCUUUGCAGCGUGCAUGACUUUUAAUGACCUUAUCGUCAUUAAAAAGCUAAAAAAAAGAAAUAGCCCAAAGCUUUUUAUCUUCAACUGUUUUAAAAGGGUUACAUGAUUUGAGUUUUUCCGAAAAAUUGAAUAUCACCAAAAAACUGACAUGCUGAAAAGUUUAGGAACUUUUACAACUUUUUUUAUUUUUAAUAGAAAAAAGCAACAUAUUGGAAUCUGUUGAAGCUUUUAAAAAGAAAACAAUGCAAUGUGUUUGUCUCUCAGCUCCGGUUUGUCCUUCCCUCUCUGUGACACCAUCGUCUGAAUAUAACAACUUGCUGCACUAAUGUCAACUCAAGACGUCUGCAUUUACUUAGCAGAUGAUAAAAUAAUACAGUACUAGGAGCAGAUAAACAAGAUCUUGCCUCUGACAUUUUUCCUAGAUGUUGAUGUUUUAGUGAUAAGCGGUGUGUAACCACCAGAUGUAGUUUCUAAUUUAUGCACCUGUACAGAAGAACUAGUCUCUCCCAUUGUCAUCGAUCGCACUCAACUCUGCUCCUCUCUCUGCUUCUGUAGGCCCAGACUCCCUCCCUACAUGAAUUUGUAUUUCUUCUCUCUGUUGAGGAAGGGGAGCUCGGGACUCCACAUUGCAGGCAUUGUUUUUUGCUCGACUUAUAAAAAAGAAAAGAUCCGUUCAGAUUUAGUUUUUCAGCUGACGAUAGCACCUUCUAUUUAUUCCUUUUUUUUUGUUUCUCUGAUUCUUUUAAGCCUUGUAAUGAAUCAUGCCACCUCCAUGCCUAUACUCUUAUACUCUAUGUAAAAUACAAUGAGAUGUAUAUUGAAUUUGUGCGUUAACUUUCAUAAUGGUUCUAGGACAUGGGCAGACUUUGUUUUUUUUUUUUAUGUAAAUUUAGAAUACUACAAUAAACUGCGCACAGCUUUUGAUGAAA